UCGGCUCUGCAAAGGUUGGCUGUGUGUGUUCAGAUCCGCUGACACGCCCAUAAGGGGUUGAAGCGCCGGGCUGUACCGACCGCACUCGAGACGCUGCAAGAUACUGGACAGAUUCCUAAGGUGCAUCUUAGUCCUUAAGUGAUCUUCGAGAUAGGAAGCUGAAAGGAACGAAUAGCGGAUUUUCCUUCUAUUACAGACUAUCAGCUGAGGAGGGUAUUGGAGGUGAGCGGUGAACACGAGCCAGUAUGCAGAAUCUGAGGCUGCUCAUCUUAAGCGUGCUGUUUUACUCAGCAUUCUCUGCAACUCUGAAAGCCCAAGAGAUGUCUCAGACUUUGUUUUUUGGGGAAGACUUCCACAUCCUCGUGCCGGCCGAUGGAGCUGACGUGACAUUCAGGCCUUCGAUUGUCCCAGGUCGUGAGAAGCCGCUGAUGAGUUCUGGGAAGGUGGUGGAUCUCCGUGCCAAACUCAACUCUGCUUCAAACCACCUGAUCCUGGAGAAUGUUGGAGAAAGUGAUGAAGGAGUCUACACCGUCACAUCUAACCAAAAUCCAGAGGACGUUACACGCAUCACACUCUAUGUUAGAGAUUGCUCUAGUGAGGUCAUUGUUAGAUACGGCUUAGAUUUUCAUGUAUCACUGCAUGAUAUCUCGGAGCCAGUGCGUGUGGGCUUUCGCCACAGCACCGUGGAGGCCAAUCAGACGUCAUUGCCGGCUGAUGAACUGCUGAAUGCUGAUGGAAUGCCCAAGGAGAAUUACCAGGACCGCGUUGAGAUCACUCCUCAAAAGUUCACUUUGCGUGCCGUUACAGGGGCUGAUGAAGGCAGCUACACCUUUAGUGAUUCCAUUGGGAAAAUCCAGAAGAAGAUCUGCCUGAACGUGAAAGCACAUCAGAUAUUUGCGACCCUUUCAUAUGGUGGCACUCUGAAAAUAAACCUGCACAUGAAUAGCUCUUUAGCUCGCCUUCUGUACAUCCCUCAGUCUGAUAAACAUAAGUAUUUGAUUAUGGAUAACGGAGAGCUCAGCGUGCCUCCUAACGUGGAUCUUGAGGGUCGUCUCUCUUUGGAGGAUUCUUUGUGUCUUCUGACGGAUGUGAGGGCCAGCGAUGCCGGAGUUUUCAGUGUGACUGACCAUCAGGGAUUCCUGGUGUCUGAUGUCCACCUGGAGAUAGAAUCGUACAGGCUUCCAAAACUCUAUAUUGCCAUCAUUGCUCUGGUAGCAUUGUUGGUGCUGCUGCUGUUGGUGUGCUUGGUGUCAUGUUUGGUGAAGAUACGCAAACGUGCAGCAAAGGCCAGAGCCAUUGAGGAGAAAGCCCAGAAUGCAGGCAAAGUGGAGGGAGAUGCCUUCAGACAGGUUGUCAAAGAUGCCUGUACCCAUCAGAAUGAGGAAGCCCCGGCCCUGUCACAGAAAGAAGACAUCACUGAGAAAUCACAGAGCACAGAGGUCAGCAUUAAGGGUUUGGAGGUGUCUACUAAAGAGCCAAGCCUUCAAGAGAGGAACAUGGAGACCAGUGACUCUGGAGUGGGAUUUAAUACCACUGGGCUCCCGCUUGACAGUGACACUGAUGCCCCAACAGCAGCCUUAGCAGAUUCUGAUGUAUUGAGUUCUUCUGCUGCCCCUGAUGUCAAAGCCGUUCCCAACCAAGCUCCAGAGUCAAAGACAGCCCCCUCACCUCCAAAACCAGCACCUGUGGCCAAGUCGACUGCUCCUCCACCACCUUCUCCUGAACCCAAUCCACCAGUAACGCCUGAACCUGAACCCAAGCCUGUGGUCACACCAACACCUGAACCCAAACCCGCUGCUACACCUGAACCGAAAAUGACCAUCUCACCACCACCUGAAACAAAACCGACCUUAAGCCCAUCACCAGAACCCAAGCAACCUGUGACACCUGAUCCGAAACCAACAACUGAAGUUAAACCAAUUCCAAGUCCAACCCCUGAACCUCCAAAAGCAGUAACACCAACUCCUGAUGCAAAACCAGCCGUUACUCCAGAUGCCAAACCAGCAGUUUCACCUACUCCUGAACCCACACCAGCUAAAGUUGGCACUCCUGAACAAAAACCCGCUGCGAGCCCAACACCUGAUCCCAAGACUCCAGAUCCUAAACUGGUCUCUCCUGAGCCUAAACCAAGUUCACCUACUCCACAAUCUAAACCACCAGUCUCACAGAUUCUCGACUCAAAACCAACCACAAAUGGUACUCCCGAAUCCAAGGCUGACAUCGAGUCAGAGCCGAGUGCACCCAUAUCUCCUGGGCUAGAUGUGAAGGGCACAACCCCUCCCAAAACCCCUGAUACUGGGAAAAGCUCAGUUAAAACUCCUGAGCUCAUCUCCAGUGGAGGUCUAGACUCGGCUGCCCCCAAUGACAGUGCACCACCUUCAAGCACUGAUGGAGCUGCCACCAACUGAGAUUAAAACCAUAGCCUCGUUCCUGCCUCCUCCUAGUGUAUUAACCACCACAGACAAUCGAGACACUAGACUUAACAACAAAGAAGAGCUAAAUGACUUCCUAAGGGGGUGGGUUCCUCAGUCUUUUGAGUCUCACUUUUAAUACAAUUAACAUGCAUCAAUAGAAAGAUCCACUGUAAAUCCGCUCAGUUUACUAAUAUGUAAUCACCCUGUAGCAGAGGUUGAGAGAAGAAGCAUUUCCAACCUUACACCAUUGGCUAAUUUAAUACAGAAUGAGGGAGGCUGUCUGGGAUAUUCCAAGAAAGUGUACAAAGACAAAUCUCCCUUCACAGAAAUAAUACAUCACUGCAUGAAGAUAUUGAGAAAAUAAAUUAUGUUAUCGGUUCCGUAAUCCAAGUUAUUGUGGCUGAAUUUGGGGAAAGGCACACAGGAACAUGGGACAUUAAUCAUUUUCAUUCUUUAUGAGAUCAUUUCUGCUCCAUUUCAACCAGUCGGAGAAUCCAAAUAGCUGGACUGAUACUGAGAAAGCGACCAACCUUUCAUUGUCAGAGGACUGGAAAAGUGGAAAAAUCAUGUAUCACUUUGACCCAUGCAAGUCAACAUGUCAUUUUGACAAGGGAGAUGAAUGAGGAAACUACAGAAGUGCAAAGCAGAAGGAAGAAAUACCAAAAUCCUUCGUAGACUAAUCUGUGACUCUGUGCCUGGAGGACAUUUUUGAGAAUCUUCUUCUAUCAAUCCAACCUAUGGAUGUUCUUGUCCAGAGAUGUGACAGUGCACAUUUCCUGUUCAGUCAGUAACAAAAAUAUUGUUGUUGAAAUCUUUCCAUGAAGUUAAAAACAUUUCUGUAAUCUUUAAAAAAAAAAAAAUGGUUGAUGAGAAACAGAUGUUGGCAGCAGUAUACGUAAACAGGUUUGCUUCAUUGAGUGAGCUGUGUCUGAUAUAUCUAAAUAGUGAGGCUGUCUCCAUCAUUAAUGAGUUUUCUGGUGCAUUGUGAUUGGAAUGAAUUGAUCCUUGCACCAUUUUGGCGCUAAGCAAUUCACAAAAGCAGUUAUGCAAAUCAGGUGAAGAGUGCUCAAUUGUGGAGAAUGCAGCAGACUACUGCAAUAUGCUGUACUUUUACUGGCACCUUACAGAAUCUCUUCACCACUGCGAUACAAACACCUGAAUUGGCUUUCUAAAAUGUAAAAAGUGUUCUCGGUUGCAUACCAUUAUGCGAUUAUUUCAUCAUCAUUUGAUGAAUUAAUCCCACAAUCAAAAAUUACAGAAAAAGCAGGUGUGUUUGGGUUGAAAAGAAUGGCAGUGAUUGCAGGUGAUUAGUGAAUAAGACACUUUUUUAUGCUGAAAUACAGUGUGCAAAAGUGACGCAAGCUGAGAAGUAGCCCCAGAAUGUCUUGUGUAGUUAAAUUUGCUUGAGGAGCAAAUGGACAUGGUUUGUAAGAAGAUCUAGAUUGUUUGUGUUGCUACAAUGUUCCACAAAUAAUUUUGGAUUUAUAGUCAUAGUUGUAAGACAAUAACAGUCUCACAUAUCAGUUUACAUAUAUUCCUGGUGCCUCCGGUAGAACCUGAACACCACUGCCUGUUAAUGUUGUAUGAGUCCAGGAACCCGCUCCUACCACACUAUCUGUGGGAGCUGAUGUUAAAUCACAGUGAGUAGUGGGGAUGGUAGCUAACUCGAUAUUCGUAUCAACGUCUUGAAGUGUGGGCAGAUCUGACAGACUGGAGGUUUGUGGGUAGACUUUCUAACUGAAGAUGAUCACUACCUCACAUUUAAGCCUGACUAAAGUACUAAACCAUUAAUUAAACAACAUUGCAAUGUAUGUUGACAUUAAAUAAAAAAUGUAGAUUUUUGGCAAAGCACAAGGUUUGAAAUGCAAUUAAAGGUUUACAAAACUCAAUCAGAUAUUUGGCCAUGCCUUUCCCACAAACCUCUGAAAAUGGCCUUGUUCUUUCUCAGCCUUUAACAGCUGUUUUAAUAUCAGUGCAAGGAAAUGUCACUUGAAAGCCAUAUAGUCUUAGUGUCACAACUCAUAAUGUAAAUAUCACAAACCCUAGAUGUCGUAACCAUAGGAGCACUGCAGCAUUAAAACGUAAAAUUAUGAUAUAUCCAUGACAAAACAAAAUUUGAUACAUCGGAACUAUCUGACUCAAAAUGGCUUAUGAGCAAACCUGAACCAUAUUUUGUGAUGUUAAAGAUGCACUCCGUAAUUUUUAUGUGUUGCACUGGUCGAUUGGACACUGGUCUUGGGCCUACACUGACACCUAGUGGUGUGGAGGUAGAAUAAUGUGAAACCAGUAGUUUUAGGUUACCAAUACCAUUGUAGAAAUGCUCUGUUUGCAGUCAGCUGCGAUCAGUUUAUAAUGAAUGAAAGUGUCUAAUAAUAAGAGGGUGGUCUUCGAGAUAAAGAGAUAAAGUAGUAUUCAGCUAGUCGUGUGAUUUCAACAUGGCGGCACCUAUGAGGUGACCCACUCCAUGUAAAAUAAAACAGCUGUUUGGGCUGAUAUUAAAACAUAUUUCAGAAGUGUUAUUCAUUUAUUUAGCGGUAAAACUUAAAAAAAAAUACUGAGUCCACCUUUAAAGUUACUGUUUGGAGAGCUCGAGAGAGAGAGAGAAUCAGUAUUGAAGAACAUCUAAGCAAUAUAAAAGAAACGUGCAGAUACACACUGAUACAUGUAUACAUGCAUAAUAAUAACUUGUUUUGAAGAUUGUAUUGUGAGGUUCUGUAGUUUGGUCUUCAAGUUCCAGAUUCUUUUGUUUCUCACAAUGAUUCACAGGCAGGCAGACACAGGAGGGAUUUUAUAAUUUUUUUUACAAUACAAAACCUAUGAACCUAGUGUAGCAUAACUGUCAUGCUCCCUUCAGCUAAUCUCAUUGGCUGUUAAGCGUGAGCUUGAUUUCACAUGCCCUUACUUUCAUCUCCAGCAAAUGAUGUCACUCUUAAGUGCAUCCCUGUAAUGCACAUUACACAGGUUUCCAGGCAAAAUCAGUUUUCCUCUGAUCACUCCCUGAAUCAUCACAGUGUCUUAUCGUGCUUACGAUAUUUGCUACCCUUCAGGACACUGCCACUGAUAUUAGUCUUGUAUCAUGACAUGAUUACUGUCUGUUUUUGUAUUUUGUGUGUUGAUGCUUGUGUUGUAUGUAUAUGGGUGCAAUUUGGUAUUUUUGAAGAGAGAUUAUAGAUGUUAUUCAUCAUUGGCAACAUCAGGAGGCCUGUAUGUGUUUGUACAAGUGCAUGUGAGUAUGUUUGUGUGUGUCAGUGUGUUAGCAAGAAACUCCAUUGGAUAGCUGUCAUUUCAAUGCAAUUAGCAAUGUCCUUUUUCUCCCCGGCUUGCUGGUAAUUGCUGUUCCUUUUUAAGUGGUAUUAAAUUCAGAUUCAAUUUAAGGGAGUGCACAGUGCGAGAUUUCUAUCAUAAUGGACUAGAUGCUGUCUAGUGGUACCCAACUGCUCUCUGUUUUGAUACCAAGAUAGCCGUGUUACAGGUCGCUUUGAUUUAGUCGGCACUCAAGGCUACACCAAUGGAAUAGUAAUCCAGUUUAUAUAGCACUUUUCCCUUGCUCAAAGCGCUUUACAAAAUUCAGACACUAAAGUAACGAUGCAUCGUCAUUGCAGUCUGUCAUUGCAUGCUAUAGAGUUACUCUCCCAUAGUGUCCGUCUGUGCUAGUGUGGUCAUGCAUAUGUAGGAGGUAUAGUGUGUAGACUUCUAAAAGUACUCUGAUUUUCAUGUAUCGCACGGCUCUGCAGGUCUCUGAUUGGAUAAUUCCAUUGUAUAAAACAUCCCUGCUAUGGAUGUCACUGAAAAUGUUGCAUUCUAUGUGUCACCCUAUAUCUUUCCAUUCCAUUGGUCAGACCUGAUUGGUCGAAAACAUUCUAAAGGGCAUUAAAGGGAUAGUUCAUCCAGAAAAGAAAAUUCUUUAAUUUUUCACUCACACUCAUUGCGUUCUAAAACUGAUUUUCUUUUGUCCAUACAAUGAAAGUCAAUGAAAGAGAUGAGUGUUUUUUUAAUCCCCACUGUCUUUCAUAAUAUGGAUAAAAACAACUGAAACUUUCCACAAAAGAAAGUCAUACUGGUUUGAAACAACAUGAGGGUGAGUAAACAAAAAAAAAAUCAUUUUUGGAUGAACCAUCCCUUUAAUCAAAACUCAGAAUUCAAUGGGUGUGGAAUUAUCUGUCAAGAGUGAGGAAAAUGAGCGGUGAGAAUGUAUAGAGUAUGAGAAGCCCAAGUAUCCUGUGGUGUUGUGCGUGUUUUAAGUAAACUCAACGUGCAGUUGUGUCCCACAGGUGCAUGAGAGGUUUCUGCCUCUCUUUUCCUCUCCUUAUUCCACCUGAGUGAUGCUCUACAGUUUAUCAGUCCCCGUUCUUCCUUUUUGCACAAACACAA